UUUUGCUUCUCUUCGUUUUGGGUAAUUCUAGAUUGGUUUAGAUGCAUACAAGUUGACUGUGCAAUUUCAAGCCUUCGAACUUAUCAAUUCCCAGGCUAAUAAAAGUUCUUCAAGCAUGUCCACAGAGAGGCAUAUAUUCGCUAGCACAGCGUUGCAAGUAGAAACAGGGCACUCUGCACCAAGUUUGGAUUUCCCCCGUGUGCAUCCGAUCCGUCUACGUCUCUUCAAGCAAACCCGGGUUUGGUAUGACGAUCCAGCAGACUUUACAACAGAUGGUGAACCAACUUUCGUGACUGAGAAAGGACUUUUGCUCGGCAGUUGCUCCAGCCCAACAAGCAUUGUUCGCGAGUAUCUUUCGAGUAUGGGUGUCCCACAACAAGAACACAAAGUUAUUUCUAGCAAAAUAUUUGCGCGCAUUUUGUUCAACGUAGCUAAUAAUUUGCCUAUUACUGUGAAUAUACUGGACAUCACUGUGGUCUUGUUGGGUGCUGCACAAUAUCAUGACAUUAUAGAUCGGGUUGCAAUAGAAACCAUCCUAUUUGUGGAUGAGUACCGUAAUAGGGUCAAUUUUAUUCCUGCAAGUAGAUCAUCGAUCAAGAGUUUGAAGAAAACAAGACUUGAUAGUUUGGAAGAGUCUGUUAUCAGACUCAUCCCGUCAUGUGCUAUUUGUCUCGAGGACUUUGCAGAAUGUACUGAUCAAAUGGUUACAACCUUACCCUGCAAACACCAGUAUCAUGAAGGUUGCAUUGUCCAGUCCCUGGAGAUCAGUCACCUUUGUCCCUUGUGCCGAUACCCAAUGCCAAUUGUGGAAACGGAUUAGCAAUAA